UUGUUGAUGUUGUCGUUUACCACUGACAUUGAUCAUUGUUUUCUUCUGACUUCGCCGUCGUCGCCGUUGUUGGCAAUUAUCCAUUCAUUCAUUUUUUUCCAAGUUUGUGCGUCGCUGUUUUAUCAAAAUAUAUUGAGUCGGAAAAAAUAUUGUUUGCAAUACACACCUGAUUGUUGAGAAUUUCUUGAUUCUUUAUUUUUUUUUCUUCGAAUCCUAACCAAAAAGAAAAUGAUGAAUAAAAACGAAAAUAAUGAUGGUCAACAACAACAACAAACAAACAUGAAUAACAAUGAUUAUGUUUAUCGAACAUCAAAUGGUUAUAUGCCACCACCAAUUUAUAAUGAUGUUACACCAUUAAUUGCUGAUAAUCGUUUUAAUAAUAAUAAUUAUGAUAAUCAUAAUAAUAUUUAUCGACGAAAUAUUUUAAAUUUAAGACCUGAAUAUAUUUAUGUAUUUCAUAGUGAAGGUUCAAGACGUCGUCGUUUGAUUAAUCUUUUCCUAUAUGUUGCUAUGAUAUUAUUAUUAACUGGUUUAUUUAUAAUGUUUAUGUCAUUAUUUAUAACAUAUUCACAAAAUUAUAAAUAUUUAUUGUUUGUACGACGUUGGCCACCAACCGUUUGUCAUGGUACGGAUGUUUGUCGUCAUGAUGUUCAACAAUAUAAUCGUUGGGUUAUACAUGGUCUGUGGCCCGAAAAUAAUGAUAAUACAUGGGAUCAAUUUUGUUCGAAUCAACCAUUAAAUCAAACAUUAUUAUUACCAAUACGUGAAAAUAUGUUAAAUAUUUGGCCAAACUUGUUGGAAAAUAAAACCGAAUAUUCACUUUGGAAACAUGAAUGGCUUAAACAUGGAACAUGUUCACAAAUGAAACAAUUUGAUUAUUUCAAUCAAACCCUAAAUCUAAAUAAUGAAUUUAAUUUAGAUAAAAUAUUAUUGGAUUCAAAUAUUGUACCAAGAUCAAAUGAAAAAUAUUUACGUGAAAAAUUUGAAUAUGCAUUACGUGAAUCAAUCAUACGAAAAGGUUAUCCAAAUGAAAAUCAUAAUUAUGUUUUAAAUUGUAAAAAUCAUAAUAAUGAAUCAUAUUUAGAAGAAAUAUGGCUUUGUAUUUCAUUUCAUCAUUUAGAUCAACCAUCAUAUUGUACAAUGCAAUCAUCAUGUCCAGAUAGUUUUUAUUAUAUUGGAUUUUAAAAAUUCUUGAAAACUAAUAAGAAUAAUCUUCUAUCCUUGAAG